CCGCGAGGAAGUCUGGAGUUAUUUUUGACCGAGCCUGAAAGAGGCCUCCUCGUGCGAUCUAGUUUGCGUGCGAGCCUCGAGCAGUGCGUUUGCUUUCCGAAACGCGUGUGCCCUCGAUUUCCUCGGCCGGCCGUCUCACCUGUGGGUUUGCCCGUCGGGUGCGGUGGACAAGCAGAGGUGAGCACCGAGUGAGCAGCCCAGCCGCCUGCAGCUCGCCCCCGGGGCAACAGGUGCCAGCGGGAGGUGGCAGUCCUGGCUCAUCUAUGAAGCAGAAUGGGGAGAUGUGUGGCUCGAGCGGACUCCUGGCCCGUCCCGCCGCCUGAGGACACUCGAGUGGUGCCCCGGGCCACGGUCAAUAUUAUGAGACGGUCCAGGCCUCACCUGGCAUGGAGCGAAAACGGUCCUCGAGGCACAGACAGCGGUACCGGAAGCGCAAGACCACCUGCGAUAAGAUCAAGGACUUCAUCCGCGAGUUCAUCGCGUUCAUGUUCAGCAAUGUUGGAAUUAUUGGCUUGGUCGUUGGUUACACCAUCUGCGGGGCGUUCAUGUUCCAGGCUAUCGAGGGCACUGAGGCAUCAGAUGACAGAGAGGAGGCGAUUAAGGACAUCCACUCGGCAAGAAGCAAGACAAGAGAUCGACUGUGGGAGAUUACGCAAAAAUUCAACGUGCUGGAGGAGGAAGCGUGGCGCGAGCAGGCCGCUUCUGAAGUCCUCAAAUUCCAGAUGGAGGUGAUAGAUGCCAUCAACAAAGGCUACGAUGGCGUGGACGAUGUGAAAGACCUCUCAGAAACGUCGCAGUGGUCCUUCUCAGGCGCGUUUCUCUACUCCCUCACUGUCAUCACUACAAUCGGGUACGGUAAUGUUGCACCGAAGACCGAGUGGGGCAAGGUGGCCACGAUUUUCUACGCCAUCAUCGGCAUGCCGCUGUUCCUUCUCUACCUCUCCAACAUUGGUGACAUCCUCGCCAAGAGCUUCAAGUGGUCUUACGCCAAGUGCUGCCUCUGCCGAGGCUGCGGCGGCAAUCGGGACAGCAGGUCCGUCUCGCCGGAAAAUUCGGUAGCCGUGCAGGUACCGGAAAUCAUUGACGAGACUGACGAGCAGUAUGAGGAGUCCCACAUCGAGUCUACCCUGGGGGACAGCGUCAAAGAUGACACAAUAACGGUCCCCGUGACACUCUGCCUGGCUAUCAUGGUUGGCUACGUUUGUGGUGGCGCAAUCCUCUUUUCCAAGUGGGAAGACUGGGAUUUCCUCGACGGCUCCUACUUCUGCUUCAUCAGUCUGAGCACGAUUGGCUUUGGCGACAUCGUUCCCGGCGACCAGAUCUACGCGUCCAAAGGACUGGACAUGAGUUUCAUUUUCUGCUCCAUGUACCUGAUGCUGGGCAUGGCCAUCAUCGCCAUGUGCUUCAACCUGAUGCAAGAGGAAGUAAUCCACAAGUUCCGCUCGUGCGUCAAGGCCGUGAAGAACUGCUGCUCGUGCAGCGGCGCCAGGGACGACGACGUCGACACCGCACCCAUCGAGUGACCCGCCGCCGAUUUGUAGUUUUCGUGUUAGGAGCCCUCAUUGUUUGCGCGUUGUGUAUAAAGUAGACGGAGUUAAAUGAUGUUUUCCGUUGGAGCAAGCGUGCCUUCAGCUGUCUAGACCAUAUCUCGCCUUUUACGCUGUUGUAAAUGGAAAUUCGCGGUUAUCCCCCUGCCACGACGAGUUGCGAAAAGCGAGCGCGUUUGAUGGAGGAGUGCGUGGAAAGUGGUGUUUCAAAAGACAGAAGCAAAGACUAAAGGAACCAUAUUAUUUACGAACCUGAGGGACGUGAUGAUGUUUUACGAUUUGAGCAGUACAUGUAUAAGUAGGGAAAAGUGCACACAAACACACGCAAACACACACAUAAACACAGACACGCGAGUACACGCUACACAUACUAAUUCCGCAUAUACAGCCCUGCAAACUUUCAUAUUACGUUUUGUGGUGUGCGAUGUAUACUGUAUUGAUUUUGCGAAGUUCCUGCAAACUUUUAUAACAGAACAUGUUAAGACAAUAUCCCCCGAGGAUGCCAAUUAUUUCAUGCGCGACGCCGGCGGAGGAUGCGGAAUGGUAGCAAAUCCGGAGUGGCCCCCGCCCGCACUGUCACCGCAGUGAAAACUGACUGUCGAACGACUUUGGUGUGUUUUUCGGGGCGGCUUCCUUGGCUCCCGGGGAGAUUUUCUGAGCUGCAAUAAAGACACGACGCACUUUCUGCCUUGAUUGUAUACUUCUUAUGAUCUAGUGCCGAGGUAAUAAAGUUUUUUAAACAAUUCUUGUCUACAA